AUGACUGAACCUCCUGCACCUUCUACAUCACAAGGGCAUCACAUGAUCACUAGAAACAAGGCAAAGGAACAUCAUAUAUCACUUGCUACUAAAAACAAAAAAGAUAUUUUUAAGGAAGCAAAGACUACUAAAGAAGCACUCAAGUCCCCGCAUUGGCGUACACCUAUACUGGAGGAAAUUAGAGCUUUGCAUAACAACAAGACAUGGAUAUUUAUGCCCAAACGUGCUAGUAUAAACUUAGUUGGUUCUAAAUGUGUGUUUAAGACUAAGUUGAAUGCAAAUCGGACUAUAGACAAAUACAAAGCCAGGCUUGUUUUCAGGGGUUUCUCACAACUUAUAGGGAUAGAUUUUGAAGAAACGUUUUGCCCUGUGGUUAAGGCCACAACUAUUAGGGUGGUUCUAUCCAUUGUUGUUAGCUCUAAAUGGAGGAUCAGGUAG